GUUUAUUAAUUAGGCGAGUUUAAAUUAGCUUUUAUCGAGGUGAAUGCUCGACUGAUUUACGGGACCAGCACAGUCACUUCCUCCUUCCACAUUUCCUCUCCCUCCCAAAUUCCACUAACAACAGAAUAGCUAUUACAUUUUUUUAUUUAAGUUUCAUUCUUUUCCUUUUAAAAUUGCUCUGGAAUUGAUGCAUGGAAGAAGACAAUUCAAGGAAGAGACCACUGGAACUUGAUUGGAACCACAUACUUGAACAAAACGACAACGACCCACCACCGUUAUUAAUCAUCAAAACAACUAAAGAAGAACAAUCAGAGCCCUCGCCUACGAUGAGCAUCGUCGAUCACUCGCCGAGAGAUGACUACGCGCGCAUGACCGAUCGCGAGCUCGAAGACGCUAUUAAGAGACAAAAGAAAAACCUUGUAUUAUUGAGCCCAAGAUUGGCUGACGGAGGAGAAAAGCUUCGCGCUUUGCAUAAAGCUCUCGAGGAGGAGCAACGGCGAAGAAAGUCUCGACAGCCAGACACGGAUGUUGAAAUAUGUGAGAAGCCUACUCAAUUUGUGAGCUCAGGUAAAAUUGAUGGGUUUAGACGGGAGAAUGCAUCAUCUGAUGUCCAUUCACAGUCUGAAUUUGCCUCUAUUUUUAGUAGAAAGAUGGAACAAAAUACAGAUUGCAGUGUAGUCAAAGAAUUUGGUAAAGAAUUGUCAAUUUUGGGUCAAUGCAAGCACCCGAAAACGAGAUCUAAUGGUCCCUUUUUGCGAAGGGGAAGGCAAAAUGGUCAGUCAUCAUCGAGACAAUUGCCUUUUCAGUGUGCUAACAGCCUUUCACGGAAUGGGGAUAAUCAUGCAUCUAAUGGUGUUCUAAAGGGCAGAGCUUCUGCUAGUCCUUUCUGCCAAAAUGGGGGAGGUGUGAAGAUCAAUUAUUCCAAGAACAGCGAUGUUUGUCAACUCCUACCUUCAAAUGGCUCAGGGCCUAGGAAGGGGCAGACAGUUGUUCUUUUAGAUGAGGAUGAAAGUCAGCUUGUAGAAAAGAUGGAUCAAGAAAACGAACUUGCUGAAUGCAUGAAAGAUGCUAAGAUCUAUUACCCAUCCAGGGAUGAUCGUGAAUCUGUCGAAAUCUGUUACACAGAUAUAAACAGUCUAGCCCCUAAUAGUUUUUUGACAUCACCUAUUAUGAACUUUUACAUCAGGUAUUUACGGCUUCAAACAUCUCCAACGAACAAGGCCAUAAGUGAUUGUCACUUUUUUAAUACAUUCUUCUACAAGAAGCUGAAACAGGCUGUAUCAUACAAGGGGAGUGACAAGGAAUCCUUUUUUAUCAAGUUCAGGAGGUGGUGGAAGGGUGUCAAUAUAUUUCAGAAGGCUUAUGUCUUUAUUCCAAUUCAUGAUGAUCUUCACUGGAGCUUGGUUAUUAUUUGUAUCCCAGACAAGGAAGAUGAAUCAGGACCGAUCAUACUUCAUUUGGAUUCUUUAGGACUUCACUCUAGCAAAGAAGUUUUUGAAGAAAUUAAAAGCUAUUUGAGACAAGAAUGGAACUAUAUGAAUCAAGAAGUUGCUCCUUCAGAUAUUCCAAUUGCAGAACGUAUAUGGAAACGUCUACCUCGUAGAAUAGAGGAAAAAAAAAUUGAGGUACCCCAACAAAAAAAUGAUUAUGAUUGUGGUCUCUUUGUACUUUACUUCAUGGAGCGUUUCAUUGAAGAGGCCCCCGAGAGGUUGAAAAAGAAAGAUUUAGCAAUGGUAUUUCCUCCCAUUACUAGACUUGAAUGGCUUCUUCGGUGUGAUAUAAUUCGAUGCAGUUUAUCUUUUUCUCUUUUUAUAAUUGUUGUCUUAUUCAGUUUGGCAAGCGGUGGUUCAGACCUGAAGAGGCCUCUGGCUUGAGAGUAAAAAUCAGGAAGUUACUUUUGGAUGAAUUUAAAAAUGCAAAUGACACUGACUCUGUUUCAGAAUCUCCUCAUUUGCCUUCAGGGGUUGCUUCACCCUGAAGCUGAUCCAGCUGUGACUCUACUACUUCUCUUUAAGAUUUAAGUGUACAAUCUGUCUAUAGCUCGCAAUACUAGUUCGAAAUUAGAUUGUGUGGAAAGCAAUGGUGAAAUGACUCUUGUAUAGGCCCAAAAAUGGGUUCAGAUGCCAUUAGUGUCACAAAGAAAGAUAUUGGAAGUGAGUUUUCCCGGACAUGGAACUGACCAGUUUUGGCGAGUUAGAAGUCCAUUUCAAUUGCUUCGGCCAAUGUAUAGAAGGGAAUUGAGAUAGAGUUGAUCACUGAUGAUGGUGGCAUUUAAGAUAUUACCCACCAAUGAAGCUGUAAUUCUUUUUUAAUGUUUCUAGGCAUUUAAUUUAGAAUCUCAACAUACAGCAUCAUUCUUCAUGUCAAAACAGAGCAAAGCUGAAAAGGACAAGUAAUAAAUGUUCCACUGGGCGCCAUGGAAUUGUUAAUAAUUGUUUUAUGGUUAAUAUAUCGACAACUUGUGACU